AAUCUGGCGCCUCUCAUUCACUGUUCUCCUUAUCGCAACAUGCUCAUGAAAAUGCAUCACUUCAAUUUGAAUGAUGAUGUAGCUGCUUUAUUGAACAAGGAUUGGAUGCAUGUGCCACGAAUCAAAUCCGCAUGCGCGCAGGUCUUGGCUGGUGCUACCUUGCUGAAUAUUGUGACUAUUGAAGCAAUAUUACUGAAUACCAUUGAAGUAUAUGGUCGCACAAAAAACGUCGAUAUUCAUCGCGAAAUAUUCACAGCCGAAGAUUCAACCCUUCCUCCAAAAUCGCCAUUAUAUCCAAACGUUGGGCCGUGCGUUAGAAGCACAAGGGAUGGUCGAAAACUGAUCAUUGGCACCCAAUCUUGCUCAGCCCUGGUUACAUCAACUUUACGUUUGGAUUGCGAAAGAGACCCAGAUGUUGGU